CACGCAAUUUUUUAUUUAUUCCCAAGCCCUUCUUUGUUUAUAUACUAGAGCGUUUGCGCGACGGCUCAAAAUGCCCAGAGACCCGUUGAUUGGGCUGGUUGGGAAGCCAUCCAGCGGAAAAUCAACGACACUAAAUAGUUUGACUGAUGCUUCCUCGAAAGUCGGAAACUUCCCAUUCACAACCAUUGAUCCUCAACGUGCCAUUGGGUAUCUCCAAAUAGAAUGCGCCUGCCAGCGAUUCAAUCUUUCCGAUAAAUGCAAACCGAACUAUGGAGGAUGUGUGGAGGGACGACGCUCCGUUCCGAUCGAACUGCUAGACGUCGCAGGUCUGGUGCCAGGCGCACAUCAAGGCCGCGGUCUGGGCAACAAGUUCUUGGAUGAUCUGCGUCAUGCUGAUGCAUUAAUUCACGUGGUGGAUGUUAGUGGAACUACGGAUGCAGAAGGCAAGGCAACGCGAGGCUAUGACCCUUCCGUGGACAUCGAGUGGCUGAGAUCUGAAAUUGUGCGCUGGGUACUGGGCAAUCUCAUGCAGAAAUGGGGCUCUAUCAAGAGGAGACAUUGUGCGAUCAAAUCGACGGCCGUGGAGACCCUACAAGCCCAGUUCUCGGGCUACGGAGGUACAUCUACAAUCGUUGCUCGAUGUCUGGACCGGAUGGGGCUGAAGGAGCCUCUCGAGGAAUGGUCAGAGGAGACCAUCCAAAAGGUCGUGGAAGCAUUCAUCGAAGAGAAAUUCCCCACAGUCUUCGCCUUGAACAAGAUCGACCACCCGGAUGCGGACAAGAACAUCAGUAAGAUCGCGAAGAUGCAGGACCCUCAAUCUAUCGUGCUUUGCUCUGCCAUAUCAGAGGUCUUCCUUCGGAGACUAGCAAAGCAAAACUAUAUUAAGUACGUCGAAGGAAGUGAAUUUGUGGACACGAGAGAGGAUUUGAUAGAAAUGGGCGAGCCCGAUGGAGGUGGCUUGAAAGAGAUGGAUGAGAAGUUAAAAUCGCGUGUCGAGAACCUCAAGGACAUGGUACUCUAUCGCUUUGGGUCCACCGGAGUCGUCCAGUGUCUUUCGCGUGCCGCAGAGCUGCUAGGACUCGUACCGGUAUUCCCCGUCCGCAACAUACAUACCUUCUCCUCCGGGGCCGGAUCUGCUCCUUUCCGUGACUGUGUUCUCGUCAAUAAGAACACUACAGUCGGCGAUGUUGCCCGUAAAGUCAUGGGCGACGUGCCCAUUUCUUACAUCGAGGGCGUUGGGGGCACCCGUGUCUCCGAAGACGAGAUCGUUGAAGUAGGAAAAUAUGAUGUACUUUCAUUCAAGCCUGGCCGAUAGAUCCCGUUAUGUUUAUAUACAGCAAACGUUAUCAUGAAAGAGUAACUUAUAUGAUACAGCCCAACAAGGGCAUCUUGUAAAUUGGAGAACCUUAUUACCUACCACAUACUACAAUCCAUUGCAUAGCUAUGUGGUGGAUGUUCAAGUUCUUUUAAUAGUGUUAU